AUAAAUAUUUUAGUUUGGUUAUAAUAAAACAAAUCUACAUGCUACUCGUAAUGUAUACAUGCAGUGCUAGUAAACAGAUUACAAAAUAUUUACUUCGGACAAAAUGUCCCCCAUGUACGUUGGCUUCUAGUUGAAUAUUCAAAUCCGGCGACCGCGACACGCACAUACAAUUGUGUGGAUUGUAAAGUGCGCACGUUUAUUGCCCAAAUAUUGAUGUAAAAUGUUUUCUGGCCUGCUCAUAACAGUACUCACCAUUGGAAGACACGCCAACGCUCACGACAUUGAAGUAACAACAAAAAAGUCGGAGAUAUUAGUAGACAAAAUACGCAGAAAAUUGAUGGAAGACAACUACGACUACAUGUCUUCAGAAACAGAAGAAUUAGUCAGUGUUAAGUAUACUCAUAAUAAACCAACCAAUGAACCAUAUUAUGAUCAUCGUUAUACAGCCUCUGAUGAUUAUAAUGACGUUAAUAUGGAUAAAAAUCAAAAAUUAGUUGCGAGAACUAAUGACAAGUUGGAAUCUUUAACUAGAUACAUAUCACCAUCAGAACAAAAUACAGGUACAGAUGAUCAGAGAGUAUCGAAACAUGAUCUGCUUUAUUAUGUAGAUAAUGAACAUUUAGAGAAUGAUAAAAAUAUUGAAAAUAUCAUAACUGAUUCAGAAGCUUACGAGCAUAUGGAAAUAGGAAGUAACAGAAAUGAUUUUUCUAAUACAAAAGUCAAAUACCGAAUGCUAAAGAUAAAGCCGCAGCAUCAGUCACGUCGAAGUAGCUCAACUUAUCGGCGAUUCAUUCAAGAGGAAGGAGACAAAGGAGUGGCUAUCAUUAAUCUGGACGACGGUCCAUUCCCAGAGUUCCGGCUCCCUCGCACACGCACACAGUACAUGCACCAGGAUGAAAGUGAAGACGAGAUGGAUGCAGCUUCGCUGUCAGACGUAAGCAAUAUAUCGGGUAGCGGUGACGAAGUAGCCCUUACUUGACCUUGGAAACUAUUGCCUACGUAUGAAAAAUUUGGACAAAAACCGCAAUUAUGCGUGGGAACAGUAAAAGUACUUAUAUUAAAAAUUUGUUUCUUUUUUUUAAAUACUCUUGUCUUGAUACUUACUAUUCAGAUCUGCUACUUGUAAAGUCCUCGUGAGCAAAUUAAUUUGAACAACAAGUUUGAUUAUUAAGAAGCAUCCAUUUUGUUUUACAAAGAAAAUUACAACAAGUAUUAUUAAGAGCUAAUUAGUUCGAGAUAUUUACGAUAGUCGCUUUAGUGGCGGUUCAGGUGUUGCUGGGUCGGGACAGAAAUGGCGAAUUUAUCGAACG